GAGAAAUGGCCAAAUGUACCUUUUCCACAUUAGAGAUAUUCCUGAUUUUCCUCUUUGUGAUGAUGACAGGGAUCACGGUGGCUCUUCUCAGCCUGUUGUUCGUCACCAGUGGGACCACUGAAAAUCACACAGGUUUUCCAACCACCCAGAUACCUCCAGCCACCCAGAUCCCUCCAGCCACCCACCCUCCAGCCACCCAGGGCCCCACAGCCAUCCAGGCAUCUCCAACACCCAGCACCCCAGAGCCCACUCUAUUUCAGAACUUCAGUGGCUACCAUAUUGGUGUUGGGCGAGCUGACUGCACGGGCCAGGUAGCAGAUAUCAUUUUGAUGGGCUACAGCAAAACUGGCCAGAAUGCACAAGGCAUCCUCACGAGGUUGUACAGUCGUGCGUUCAUCGUGGCGGAACCAGAUGAGUCCCGUCGAGUAGUGUUUGUCAGCAUUGAGAUCGGCAUGGUGUCCCAACGACUCAGGCUGGAGGUCCUGAACAGGCUGCAGAGUAAAUAUGGCUCCCUGUACAGAAGAGACAACGUUAUCCUGAGUGGUACUCACACACACUCAGCUCCAGCAGGGUAUUUCCAGUACUCUACAUUUGUGAUUGCCAGUGGAGGAUUUAGCAAUCGAACUUUUGAGUACAUGGUUGCUGGCAUCAUGAAGAGCAUUGAGAUAGCACAUGCAAAUAUGAAACCAGGCAAAAUCUUUAUCAAUAAAGGGAAUGUGGAUGGUGCACAGAUCAAUCGAAGCCCUUCUUCGUACCUUCGGAAUCCACAGUCAGAGAGAGCAAGGUAUUCUUCAAAUACAGACAAGGAAAUGGUACUCUUGAAAAUGGUAGAUUUGAACGGAGACGACCUGGGUCUUAUCAGCUGGUUUGCCAUCCACCCAGUCAGCAUGAACAAUAGCAAUCAUCUUGUGAACAGCGACAAUGUGGGCUAUGCCUCUUACCUUUUUGAGCAAGAGAAGAACAAAGGAUAUCUACCUGGAGAGGGACCGUAUGUAGCAGCUUUUGCUUCAUCGAACCUGGGAGAUGUGUCCCCCAAUAUUCUUGGCCCGCACUGCAUCAACACGGGAGAGUCUUGUGAUAAUGCCAAUAGCACUUGUCCCAUCGGUGGGCCUAGCAUGUGCAUUGCUAUGGGACCUGGGCAGGAUAUGCUUGACAGCACACAAAUCAUAGGACGGAUAAUAUAUGAGAAAGCAAAGGAACUGUAUGCCUCCGCCUCUCAGGAGGUAACUGGGCCACUGGCUUCAGCUCAUCAGUGGGUGAAUAUGACGGACGUCACCGUCUGGCUCAAUUCUACACACACAGCAAAAACAUGUAAACCAGCCUUGGGCUACGGUUUUGCCGCUGGCACGACUGACGGAUUCGGGACCCUCAACUUUACGCAGGGGACAACAGUAGGGGAUCCAUCGUGGGACAGUAUUCGGGAUCAGGCCCUGGGCAAGCCAUCUGAAGAAAUCAAAGAAUGCCAAAAACCAAAGCCAAUCCUUCUUCAUACUGGAGAGCUGUCAAAACCUCAUCCCUGGCACCCAGAUAUAGUUGAUGUUCAGAUUAUUACUCUUGGGUUCUUGGCCAUCACUGCCAUCCCUGGGGAGUUUACGACCAUGUCUGGACGAAGACUUCGGGAGGCAGUUCAAGAGGAAUUUGCAACUUAUGGGAUGCUGAAUAUGACUGUUGUUAUUUCGGGUCUAUGCAAUGUAUAUACACACUACAUUACCACCUAUGAAGAAUACCAGGCUCAGCGGUAUGAGGCAGCAUCUACAAUUUAUGGACCACAUACUCUGUCUGCUUACAUCCAGCUUUUCAGAGUCCUUGCUAAGGCCAUUGCUACGGAUACAGUAGCCAAUCUGAGCAGCGGUCCAGAGCCUCCAUUUUUCAAAGACCUGAUGGCCCCAUUAAUCCCUAAUGCUGUGGAUAGAGCGCCUGUAGGCACAACUUUUGGGGAUGUCCUGCAGCCAGCCAACCCUAAAUACAGAGUGGGAGAAGUUGUUGAAGUUACAUUUGUAGGUGCUAACCCGAAGAAUUCAGCAGAGAACAAGACCCAUCAGACCUUCCUCACUGUGGAGAAAUACGAGGCCACAUCAGCAACAUGGAAGAUAAUGCAUAAUGAUGCCUCCUGGGAGACUCGAUGCAAAAAGAAGUGUCAAGUUGAAGCAGAGGAUGGCAAGGGCGAAAAGGAUGCUAUAGCAGUUUUAAAGCAGGGGACAUCCUGUGUUCUCAAUAUCAGUUUCUAUUGGCACAAGGGAUUACGGGGUCAUAGCAAUGCAACGAUACAAUGGCAUAUUCCAGAUACUGCCCAACCUGGAACCUACAGAAUAAGAUACUUUGGACACAAUCGGAAAAAGAACAUUCUCAAGCCCGCUGUCAUACUUCCGUUUGAAAGCACUCCCUCCACUUUUGACGUUGUAACUACUUGGUGAAAA